AAUUUAGGUGUUGUCGUGUGGGGGAAGCGCACACCCGCCAUGGCUGCCAUUAGCUUGGGAACGCACCGGUCUUUGAGCAGAGCAACUCAGGCUUUUGCACUCUCUACGUUUCCUCGUUGCAACGCUAAACUCUCUCUUUGGAGGACCAUUUCUUCUGAGCCCCUCGCUGCUUCUUGUCCUUCAGCUUCAGGUGUGACCCAGAUUGUACAAGCUUUGAAGGGAGAGGAAGGUGAUGUGCUACUCAGGGGAGUGAAAGAGAAAAGCACAAUAAAAGAAGUGAAGCAUAUUCUUGAGAUGGCUCAACGGGCAUUGUCAAGACAAGAAGUUCUUCAUACAAAUUUUCUUACCCCUCCAGUGCUGAAGGAAUCUAUGGAAGUGAUGGGAAAACUAGCAGGUGUGAAAGCAAUUGCUCAAGGAGGUUACCCACAGGCUGAACGCUGCCGGAUUUCUGUUGGACAUCCAGAAGAAUUGACAAGUGACCCAGAUAUAAUUGCAGCAUUGAGCAUUACUGGUAACUUUCAGUUUGAACCUUGUUCUCAUGGUGACUUCCUUGGUUCAAUCCUUAGUACAGGAAUCACCAGGGAGAAACUUGGAGAUAUAAUAUUGCAGGGCGAACAGGGUGCUCAGAUACUUAUUGUUCCGGAACUAGCUGAUUAUGAUUCGUCACUGGGUAAGGUUGGUAAUGUUCCUGUAUCUUGCAGCCAGAUACCAUUAAUUUCUCUUGAUUAUGAACCACCAAGAACCAAGUCAUUUAAAACCAUAGAAGCAUCGUUAAGAGUUGAUGCACUAGCAAGUGCUGGGUUCAAAAUUUCACGUUCAAAGCUAGUUGACUUGAUCGGCGAGGGGGCUGUUCGUGUUAACUGGGUCCCUGUCACUACCAAAGGAGCCGCGCUCAAGAGUGGAGAUAUUGUAUCUGUCAGUGGAAGGGGAAGAUUAAAGAUUGGUGAAAUAAACUCAACAAAGAAAGGAAAGUUUGCAGUGGAGCUGAUUCGGUAUUUGUAAAAGGUUUUGCAGGAGGAGCUCACGCUAAUUCCAUUAUCUUUCUUGUAGUUAUUCUCGAAGUGAAAUGAUCCUUCCUGGGGAAGACAUGUUCCCCUCAGAAGAUAGUGGGGAAGAAAGAACUCCAAUCAUCUGUAGUGAAGAUUGUGAUUGUAGGUGAAAAUGUGGGGUUGGUGGAUCAAGUUGAAGAAGGUCGAGAAACUGUGAUUGAUGCUGUCUUCGUGUCCAGUGGAAUUGUUUUGAUGAACAAUUUUUUUGUAUGUCAUACUGACACUGCAUCUUUUCCUAAAUUAAUUAGAUGUCCAUGCCACAACUGUAUGCCUAGCGUAGCUUUGCACUUA